AUGUUGGAGAAGAUAAUGACGAUGGAGAAGAUUAUGUUGAUAGUGCAGAUGGCGAUUGUGAAGAAGAUUGUUGUGAAGAUAAUCAAGGUAUUGAUGAAGAAAACAGUGAUGGUUAAGAUCAUGAAGGUUAAGAUCAUGAUGGACAAGAUAACAAUUGUUAAGAUUAUGAUGGACAGGAUAACAAUGGUUAAGAUCAUGAUGGUGAUGCAAAAUCAUUCUAAUACUAACGUUCUAGAGAUUGUGUUUGAAAAUUCAUUGUCGGUGUUGAGUUCUGGGGAAAAAUAA